AUGUGGGGAUAUCAGGUGGCACAGAGUUUUGUCUUUGCAGUUGAGGAGAUCAGCAGAGAUCCCCACCUGCUGCUCAACCUCAUGCUGGGCUUCUCCAUCCAGACCUAGGGGGACUUGGUGCACAGAGCUCAUGAGACCAUGGGCUUUCUCACAGGGGUUGAGGAGUUUGUCUCCAACUACAUGUGAGUCAGCCCUUCCUGGGCCACCCUGGUUGGAGACACAUGCUCAGCAGUGUCCAUCCCCAUGGCCAGGCUCCUGGAGCUCUACAGAUUUCCUCAGAUGAACCAUUCAUCCAGCCUGGUCAGCCUCAGUGACAAAACCCAGUUCCCAUUCUUCCUUCAGACCCUGGCCAGUGACUUCACAUUCUCCAAUGCUCUGGCCCAGCUGUUGCUUCACUUCUGAUGGUCCUGGGUGGGCAUUCUGGUUCAGGAUGAUGACUUUGGACAGCAGAGCAGCAUCGAGUUCCACUUUCAUGUCCCAUCCCUGUUGUCCCUGGAGAAGAUCAACACUAUGGUCCACAAGAUGGAGAAGGGCACAGCCACCAUCAUGUUGGUCUUCCUGAGCAACUCGAAUUUCCAGGACAUCUUGAGCACCUUGAAAUGUGGCAUCUCGGGCCAGGUCUGGGUCAGCCAGGACAUUCUGCACACAGGGCUGGACCUGACCACGCCAGGAGUGUCCCAGGUCCUACAGAGCUCCUUCAGCCUUCUGCAGCACCGCAGCCAGGCCCUGGGGUUCCCUGAGUUCCUCUCUCACCUGCACCCCACCAGGACCCCAUAAGACAUGUUCCCAAAGAGGUUCUGAGAGGCCACCUUUGGAUACACCUGGCCAGCAGGAAACAGCACGGUGGUAGGGGAUUUUUGCUGAAGGAAGGAGAGUCUGAGAAGCCAGGAGCGCCCUUUCUAGAAAGUGAGUUGAGCGGACAUUGCAUACUCAGCAGUUUACAGCAUCACCCAUUCCCUGCAGGACAUGGUGGCCUGUGAGCAGGAGGACAAGGCAUAUGCAAACAUUUGGCACUUCCAGCCCUGGAAAGUCCCCAGCUCUGUCUGCAAUAGGAGUUGUGCUCCAGGAUUCAGCCAGAUCCCCUGACGGUUCCCCCACUGCUGUUUUGACUGCAGCUCCUGCCCUGAGGGACAGUUUGCAGACCAAAUAGGUGAAGACUUGCAGAGGCUGAAUCCUGAGGGGCCUCACACAUUCCCAACCCACUGA